AAUAAUAAUUUCCUCAACGGAACAAAUAACCAAACGAUCCGUUAGACUUUAGACUAGGGUUCCAAAAAUAACACUCAUUUUUCAAAUAUCCAUCUUGCUUUUGCUGAGUCUUCCCCGCUGCCGCUCUGCCGCCGCCAGCUGCCGCUUGUUCAUUAUAGCAUAUAGGAGAUCAUCAGUUGCUUGCCCUUGGUUCUGAUAUGCAGUCAAACAGCAAAGAUCUGCUUCACUUGGAGACUGAAGGCUUGUCCUUGGAAUCAAAACUUCUCUUUUGCACUAGUGAUGGCGGAUCUCAAUCUCUAAAUUUGAAACCUGACGACCUUCCUGAUAACAAGCCUAACAAGCCUGAAAUCUCUUCUGUACCGAAAAGCCAAGUUCUAACAAAGGUCAAGGAUUUUUUGGGAGUAUUUUUGGAAAACAAUAGAAAAGUGGAGCUUGAAGCAAAGAAGAAUCCUGAGAAAUAUGAUAUCGAAGCACUUACCGGUGAAGAAUCUGAAUACAUAGAGAUGGACUUAAUGCUGGGUGUUGCUGAACUUCACACACAGGAGGCUGUAUCAGCUGCUGAAUCUGCAAUAGCAAGUUACCAACCAGUAAUCGAUCUGGAUACCAAUGAUACGACAGAAUCUGAAGACACUAGCGAUGAGGAUGACAUUGAGGAUACCAACAAAAGUGAUGAUGAUGAUGAUGAUGGAGGUUCUUCUCUAGGAAAAGAAUCUAAGCUUACAGAAAAGGAUUCUCCUAGGAAAGCAUUGAAGAGGAAGCGACAGUCUGUAAAUCGAGCUAACAUAGUUGAGCUCUCUUAGCGCUAAGGACAUUAAACAAUUGUAGCUUAUUUUUGGUGAGAAAUUCAGAACAUAGUUAUAAGUGUGCUUCUCUUCCAUGUUCCUAUAAAACUUGUUUUAGUUCUACUCUUUAUUAAUCAAGUGUAAUGCAAAGAAUACAAAUCAAGUCCGUUUCUAAGGG